GGGAGCCAUCGACCUGCAGGAAGACGAGGAGAAGGAGAAGCUGCCAGCCACCGCCGAGCCGGGUGUAGCAGAAGGAAAGUCUCCCACGGAGGCGGAGGAGAAGCCAAAGAAAGAUGAAGAGGAGAAGCCGGAGGAUGGGAAGGCAGACAUCAGGGAAGCCGAGGAUGUUGACCAGGAGGAGGAAAGGGAGAAGUCGCCAAUCCUGGCCCAGCCGGUGAUGCCGCCGGAAUCCAGCGAGCUGCAGAAGGAGGAGCUGCGGAAAGCGGAGGAGCGGCAGAGGAGGACAAGGGCUCCCAAGAGGAAGCUCCCGGAGCCCAAAGCCGCCUCCAAAACCUCCGAGGCAACGCUGGCCAGUACGCAACCGCCUCCCGCGGCAAACCCGCAGCGUGCAGAGCCCCCGGGCAACGCAGACGACGAUGACGACGAUGAAGUCGUAGUCCUGAGUGUAAGCGCGGGGGACAAGAUUCUCAACCAGGAGAACGGCAAACGGAAAGUGUCGGAGCAGGAGGCGGAGGAGAAGCAGACGAAGCCAAGCUUGGAGGAGAUGGCAGCCGAAGAAAAAGACACAGAUACCUUUGUGAUCUCCGUCUUGCGCACGAAGUACUGGGGAAGCAACAUGGCUGUCCGGGCCGUCGCUGAUCUUUCCGAAAGACCCGGACAGGUCAUCAGCGCUUUCGGAAACACGAGCAACGUGAUGUUCGCGCUGGUGAGCGAUGCGACUGCUUUGGAAGAUCAAGAGGAGGAUUUUGGUUUGGCUAUGCAUCCACGAGUUUGA